AUGGACGCUUGGCUUUUAAAUCUUAUGAUCGACUACUGCCCAUCUCUCAUGAGUUUAUCAUCAACAGGUCAAUUACCUAAGACGCUUGAGCACGUUGGAAGUUUAAAAAUUUACAAUUGCUAUUCUUUGACGUGCAUUGUGAGAGGUCAGCUACCUUCAUCUCUGAGAAAGCUAUCAGUAAUGAAUUGUACAACAUUGAAGUGUUUGUCGGAUAACACAGAAGAUGUUGGCACUUCCUCUCUAUCUUCUUCUUCAGCGAUGCACAGAGAGAACAUUGACAACGCUAGAAUAUCUCAGCUAGAAGACUUGGAGAUCAUGGAUUGUGAUAGUCUUGAAUCCCUACCCGAGGGUUUACACAAUCUUAAUUUUCUUCGCAUAAUUAAAUGUGAUUGUCUUUUUUCCUUCCCAGAUGAAGGGCUUCCUAGCACAAUCCGAAACGUCAAUAUAUCUGAUUGUGGGAAUCUUAAAGCUCUCCCCAAUGGCAUCCACACCCUCAACUCUCUUCAAACAUUGACGAUAUCCCAUUGUCCAAGAAUAACAUUUCCGGAAGAAGGUCUGCCCACCAACCUCACAUCACUUACAGUUGUAGGACCGAAUAUCUGGAAGCCACUGAUGGCGUGGGGAUUGCACAAACUCACCUCUCUUAAAUACCUCAAUAUUGAGUGGGGAUGGCACGGGCCCUUUCUUACCUCUCACUCGACUAUUGAAGGCUCAGAUGCAGAAUCUUUUCCAGAAGAAGGGAUGUUGCCGCCCUCUUUAACACGUCUGGUCAUUUGUGAAUUCGCAAAAUUAAAAUACCUAUCUUCCCAAGCUUUUCAAAAUCUCACCUCUCUUCAACAUUUAGAGAUCUCUGGUUGCCCAUAUCUGACAUCCUUUCCAGAGGAGGGCCUCCCAUCCUCACUUUCGGUGUUAACGAUUGUGCGUUGCAGUCUGUUAAAAGAAAAGUGUAAGAAGAAUGAAGGACAAGAGUGGUCGAAGAUUGCCCAUAUCCCUGGAAUCAGAAUUUUGUAA